AUGUUUUGGUUGAUAUUGCUUGUUGCAGCCGGUCUCACUGCAGUAUGCUCCUUUCUCUCCGUGAACCGCUACUUGUCUUUCAAGCUGCAUAAAAACACGCUUCCCUUUACGUUGGCGACUCUUCUGGUCAACAUGUGGAUCCUACUCGCAAUCACAUACCUUCUGCCACUUGAUGUGUUUUACGCUGCCAGAGCAUCUCGAGACGAUUCCAACGCCGGGCUCAACGGAACUGCUGUGGCACAACCAACGCCGCACCUGUUAGCUCGAGGGCUGAAAUCCGUGAGAGAGCUAGAGGGGGACACCUCGGAAGGCAACGAAAGCUACGCUCCUGACUUUUCUGCUUUGUGGUACGGAAUAUACUGGCUAGAGUUUUUUAUCUGCUGGUUUGUCCUUCCUGUGUUGAUAUCAUAUUUGGACCUAAAAUACCUCUUUCCAACACAGCUGUACGUUUCACAGCGGAAGACAAUUUUUCAACGUGUCAAGAAGGCGGUUACGGUCAACAUUAAAUUUUAUGCUCUCUGCGCGCUGGGUCUGCUGGGGGGUGUUCUGUACCUGGUGUUUGGUACAAAUAGAGGAAUUGUGGAUCUUAAGCCUCUCAUUAUUUCUUUCUCGCAUCUGUACUCACUGUCCUACACCUUAAUUCUACUCUCUAUGGGGCUCAUCCUUCUUCCUAAGGCACUGCUCACCAACAGGACUGAUGAAAAUAAGUUGUUUGUUGAUCUGAGCAAAAGUAAUGAUGAGUCUAACGACGCUAAAAUGGCAAUGACAGACUACGCAGGGAAAAUACUGUCAAUUCGCGAAGUCAAUAACGGUGAUGUCGCUCUGGCUCAGGCAAUCAAUGAGUGCAAACUUGAAGUGCAGUCCUUAGUAAAUGAGACCCAAAUAAGCCUUCCUCAUCUUCCUAACGGCGACCAGCACAUCAACCUGGAUAAAAUCAACAAGUACUACAACGGUUUCAAGAAAGAAUACUAUAACUACUUGUAUUACCAAGCCAAAUCUGAUCGCGUUAUUCAUGAUCUUGCACAAUCUCAGGUCAAAACCAUCUCCGCUACAAAAAGCGUGGUGCGAAUGGUCUUUGGUAUUUGUUGUUUGCUACUCUCGAUAUUAGUGGUUUUCCUGGAGUUUACGCCCUCAAAAUUCGCACAUUCUAAACUCUUCCAGGGCACAAGCUGGUUCAACUUUCUGCUUGAAAUUUCGAUCCUCGUCUACAACACGUUUGCUUCCCUUUACGCCAUGACUUGCUUUAAGUGGCAAAAUCUGCACUUGAUCCCUAAUGGACAGAGUAGUCCCAAAAACGCGCUGUACUAUUCCCUAUACUCAAGCAGACUACUACUGCCUCUUUGCUUUAACUUCAUGGCGCUCAUUUCGCAUGACCCUGGUGCACCCGAAUGUAGCUUCGAGAAGGUUUUGUACAAGGACCUGAAACUUAUCCCGCUCGUGGACAUCUUGAACCGGUACUUGCCUGUGUUUUUCAUUAUUGCCGUUCCGGUGGGCUACUUCCUUGAUCUCAAAAAUAGAGUUCUCGUCAGAGUAUUAGGCAAAGAGUACUGCUACGAGCUUUUUGGCAUUCUCACAGAUCCAGCGCCCCAGAGCGAUUCUAGCGCUCAGCCUUCACACGAAGCAUCUCAAGCUAUUGAUAGAUCACGCUUGGAUGAAGACUACGAGUAUUCUCUGCAGGAUGGUAGAUACUUAUUUCAAAGAGCAACUUCUAACUACAAUCUACGUGAAGACAGCGCAGAUAGUGAUAGACGUGCAUACGUUUAA